GUGUAACUGAAAUUCCGACUUUUACUUUUGUGUUCAAUGAAAGGAAUAAAAUUAGUAUUUUAAUUAAGUAAUCUAUUCAAUAUGUUAAAUUGCGUAUUAUUUUUCUUAUUUACUAUAGAAUUAGCUUGUUCUGAUGUCCAGGAUAGUAAUGGGUACUUGGUAUACUGUCCUUGCAUGGGCAGGUUUGGUAAUCAAGCAGAUAAUUUCUUAGGCGCCCUAGCAUUCAGUAAAGCCCUUAACAGAACAUUGAUUUUACCUCCAUGGGUUGAAUACAGGUACGGAGAGCCGAGGUCUAGGCAAGUUCCUUUUGACACUUAUUUUAAACCUGAAGCUUUAGUCCAGUAUCAUAAGGUGAUAACGAUGGAACACUUCAUGUCUGAAAUUGCACCAACUCUCUGGCCAAGUGAAAAAAGAGUAGCUUUCUGUUACACUCAACGACAAGGAGAACAAGAUAACAGUUGCAAUGCAAAAUCUGGUAACCCUUUUGGCCCAUUCUGGGAUACAUUUAAUAUAGACUUUGCAGCAUCUGAAUUCUAUGGGCCCUUGAAUUAUGAUUCAACCAAUGCAGUCAUGAUUGAGAAAUGGCAACAGAAAUACCCAACUUCAAAAUGGCCAGUGUUAGCCUUCACAGGUGCUCCUGCCAGUUUUCCUGUGCAAAGUGAAAAUAGACCUUUGCAUAAGUACAUGCAAUGGAGUGAUGACAUUGCAACAAGAUCGAGGCAGUUCAUAAAGAAAAACAUGAGUGGGGGUGGUUUUCUUGGUAUCCACCUUCGGAAUGGCCAGGACUGGGCAAGGGCUUGUCAACAUGUGAAGGACAGCCCUCUGUUGUUUGCUGCUCCUCAGUGUGUGGGCUAUAAAAAUGAAAGAGGGCCUCUGACAGAAUCCAUGUGCCUGCCAUCAAAGUCGGACAUAAUUAAACAAAUAAAGAGAGUACUAAAGAGAUUGAAUGACAUAAAGUAUGUCUUUGUGGCUUCAGAUUCCAACCACAUGAUCGAUGAUUUAACAAAUGCCUUGCACCGAUUAGAUGUAUCUAUUGUAAACCUAAAGCCUCCAAAUCCUCACAUGGAUUUGGCAAUUCUUGGGAAAGCUAAUUAUUUCAUUGGGAACUGUGUCUCAUCCUUUACUGCAUUUGCAAAAAGAGAAAGGGAUGUUAUUGGAUUAGGCUCAGAGUUUUGGUCAUUCCCCCACCGCAAGAAACAAAAACAUGAAGAACUAUAAAAUAAGUAGCUUGGUUUAUCUGAACAAUCAGCAGAGUGCAACACCAACAUUCAGUCUACAGUUUGUGGGUCACGGCAUCCUGGAUUAUUAUAGGUAUAUUGAAAUACAUUGGCCGACAAUCUGCCAUAUAAACAAAGUUCCAGUAUUACCUACAUACCUACUAUUACCUAGUCAAGGCUAAUAUUACUAACUACAGUCUUUUGAUAAAAUAAGGUUCAAAGUGAUUCUGAAUUGUAAUAAGCUAAAAAAAUAGGAUAAGGAAGCAUAGACUGCUGCAAACCGCAUAUUACAUUCAUUUCUUACAAGUAUAAGGAGAUAUGCGAGUUAUCAUUCUUUGCUCUGUUGGUUAAAUCUGCGCAAAACGCUUCUCUCACAAGGAAGGGUACCCAACUGUCCGACUCCGAUUUGAUUCAUUUUGAUAUAUGUUAUAGAGUAGUCUAAAAUAACGGACACGUUUUUUUUUAGCUGCCCAAACUCAACCUAUUGGGAGAAAUUGUCCUCCAAAGUACUAAAAAGUUACUAAAUCUUCUAACUCCUAUAGAAAGUGAUGCUCAAGCAACUUGCUAGUUAAUGGCUGGUUUGAGUAUAUGUUUGAAAGUAGCAAAAAAUAAUGAGCACGUGUUUUGUUAUAUCGGCUAAAACUCAUUUUUUCCUAAAAAAAUCGACAUUCGAAGUUUUAUAAUAUCUUAUCACACAUAAAGACGGGUGUUUUUUUAGGAAAACUUGAGUUUAUGCAGAUAUAACAAAAAACGUGCUCAUUAUUUCCUGCUCUCAAACAUAUACUCAAACAAGCCAUUAACUAGCAAGUUGCUUGAGCAUCACUUUCUAUAGGAGUUAGAAGAUUUAGUAACUUUUUAGUACUUUGGAAGACAAUUUCUCCCAAUAGGUUGAGUUUGGGCAGCUAAAAAAAAUUCGUGUCCGUUAUUUUAGACUACUCUAUAACAUAUAUCAAAAUGAAUGAAAUCUGAGUCGGACAGUUGGGUACCCUUCCUUGUCAGUUGAAAAGAUUGAUUUUCAUCUUUCGCUUGCAGUGAUAUACAUCACUCAUUUUGCUCAGUGGAUCUGUAGUAGGGAUUGCAAUCCGGUCCGGCGGAUCCGGUAAGCCGGCACUUUUCAGGAGCUACCGGAUCCGGUCCAUUAAAAAAAAAACGCCUAAAUACAGCAUGCACUGUGCGGUUUAGAUGAGGAAAAGGCGACGGAUGAGAGGAAUGAAGUUGAACAGAGCAUAAAACGAAUGAAAAAGUUUAAAUUUAGUUAAAUAAAAAUAUUUUUAUUAUGGCGAUGACUGGGAACAGAAGUUGCCUUUCAUGUUGGUGGCACGAUACGACGAUUACAUAAAUACUGUAAUAGAAGGAAAAAUUAAACGAUGGAGAUGCCAUGGAAGGCAUUUGUAAUUUAUGCUAAAGAGAAGAAAAGAGUGUCAUAAUGAUGUCAUAGGAGAUUAAAAGUAAACAAAUGAGCAGGAUUAAGUCGGCGGUACUCAACCGACUAGAGUUGGGCUAAUCAAUAUGUGUGAAUGAAUAUAUGAUUGUAAGUAUUGAAAAUGAAUGUAUGAAAUUAAAUGAUAACAUUGAUAA